GUUGCUGGGAGGAGGCUAGAGGUGGAGCCGCUGGGGCCAAGAUCAUGCCGGACAGCGAGAGGUAUUCUGGGCAGCAGAGGCCGCUAGGCUUGGGAUGAAAGAAGCAGGGCAGAUGCAAAAUCUGGAGAGCGCGGGGGCCGGGCGGUCAGUCAGCACCCAGACUGGCAGCAUGACUGGUCAAAUACCAAGGCUUUCUAAAGUCAACCUUUUCACUCUGCUCAGUCUCUGGAUGGAGCUCUUCCCAACAGUAAAUACAGCCCAAAGACAAAAAUCUCAGGAAAAGGAAGAGGGAAAGCGUGGACCCUUAGGAGAUAAUGAGGAGGUGGCCAGAAUAUCUACUGAUAGAAAACAGGUGAAGAGAACUGGCCUUGUGGUGGUGAAAAACACGAAAAUUGUUGGUCUCCAUUGUUCUAGUGAAGAUUUACAUGCUGGGAAAAUUGCUCUUAUAAAACAUGGGUCAAGGCUGAAAAACUGUGAUCUUUAUUUUUCCAGAAAACCAUGUUCUGCUUGUUUGAAAAUGAUUGUAAAUGCUGGAGUUAACCGAAUUUCAUACUGGCCUGCUGAUCCAGAAAUAAGUUUGCUUACUGAGGCUUCUAGUUCUGAAGAUGCGAAGUUAGAUGCCAAAGCAGUGGAAAGAUUGAAGUCAAACAGUCGGGCCCACGUGUGUGUCUUACUUCAGCCUUUGGUGUGUUAUAUGGUGCAGUUUGUAGAGGAGACCUCUUACAAAUGUGACUUUAUUCAAAAAAUUGCAAAAACACUGCCGGAUGCUAACGUUGACUUUUAUUCUGAAUGUAAACAAGAAAGAAUAAAAGAAUUUGAAAUGUUAUUUUUGGUUCCAAAUGAAGACAUGCAUAAGCAAAUACUGAUGACUAUAGGUUUGGAGAACCUCUGUGAAAAUCCAUACUUUAGCAAUCUAAGGCAAAACAUGAAAGACCUUAUCCUUCUUUUGGCCACAGUAGCUUCCAGUGUGCCCAACUUUAAGCACUACGGAUUUUAUUGUGGUAAUACCGGACAGAUUAAUGAAAUUCACAAUCAAAGUUUGCCACAAGAAAUUGCAAGGCACUGCAUGGUUCAGGCCAGGUUAUUGGCAUAUCGAACUGGAGAACAUCUCGUCGUGCCAUGUAGGAUUCCAGUGUGUAAAGAGGAUCAUAAAACUGGAGUUGGAGCAGUCAUUUGGGCAGAAGGAAAAUCUAGGAGUUGGGAUGGAACCGGUGCCAUGUACUUCAUAGGAUGCGGUUAUAAUGCUUUUCCUGUUGGGUCCGAGUAUGCUGAUUUCCCACACAUGGAUGAUAAACAGAAAGACAGAGAAAUAAGGAAAUUCAGAUACAUUGUACAUGCGGAACAGAAUGCCUUGACAUUUAGGUGUCAAGAAAUAAAACCAGAAGAAAGAAGUAUGAUCUUUGUCACAAAGUGCCCAUGUGAUGAGUGUGUACCUUUAAUUAAAGGUGCAGGCAUAAAACAAAUCUAUGCAGGAGAUGUAGAUGUUGGAAAAAAGAAAGCAGACAUCUCUUACAUGAGAUUUGGGGAACUUGAGGGUGUUAGCAAAUUUACAUGGCAGCUGAAUCCAUCAAGAACUUGUGUGGGUGAACAAAAUGAGCCUGAAAGCAGAGAGAACGGUGUGUUGAGACCCAUACCUCCCGGUGAAGAUCAGCACCAAAGCAAAAAGCUGUGUCUCGGGAACCGCUAAGAAGUCCUGUCUAGACUGCAGUGAAGCCUCAAGAACUUUUAUUGCACUUUUAAAACUCUAGCCUUGUUAACUCAGAAAAUAAGGAUGGAUUUUAUGAAUAACUGGAAAAAAAAUUUAAGGAAGCUACUUUAUUAUCACCAUAUGAAUGAUGUUAAUGACAAUAUUUUUAUUUUAGAUUUGUCUGUUUUCCAGAAUAUAGCAGUGUGGUCUUUUAUUACAUUAAAUGAGGUAGCAAUAAUUUAAUGAGAUCAAUUUAAUCACCUGUUGAGGUUAAUUUCUCCUUGUCUUAGCUUUACAUUAGCCAAUUUUUUUAGAGGGGCUGGUUCACUGGGGUCACAUCUCAGCAGAGAAUUCUACACCUUUUAAAAAAUAUUAAUUCCUUCAGAUUAUGAAGGUGAUAAUUAGUAAACUGCUCCAGGGAAGUAAAUGAUGACCUGGCCAUUUUUAAGUCGGUGUAUGGCUCACCAAAAGUUCACAUUUAUUAUACCUAAAGCUUUUUAAUAAUCGGAAUUUAAUUAGGAUUGAAUCCUAAUUAAAUCGUAAUUAGGUUCAUAAAAAUGAAGUUGAUAUACAUGAUCCCCAUUAUAAAAGUAUAUUCCUGACAACAUUCUUAAUUUUCUUUUAAAACUCUUCCAAUAUGUAGAAAUCACAAUGAUUUGUUGGACUAGGGUGUUAUAUCACUGAUUUGGGAUAGCAGUAGGAAGAAAAUACUAUUCUGAGGCAGCACUGAUUCUUGAAGUCAUUCACACUGCCAACUUUGGUUAUGAUGUUAACAGUGAAGAAAUAGUCUGGAAUAUUGAAACUAGCCUUUUUUGAAUUCCAUUCACCAAUGCUGCUCAUUUUUUGCUCCAUACAAUUAAUAGAGUGUCUCAUGGCUUUCAAUGGAAGGUUUUAAAAAAUUAUUUGCAAACCUUAAGAAUACUGGGAAUCUUGAAAGUAAAAUUAUGGCCAGUCAGGUCAGUUGCAUUCCAAAUUGCUCUUUGUGAAACCUCUCAACUUUUAUUUGCUGAGAAACUUUCAGGAAAUUAGUCCAAAGAUGAAGGUACAUGUCUUGCACUUUCCUAGAGUUAGGGAGGGAGCACAUAGCCCAUGGCCCACGGGCCUGGAUGUGACAUCAUGAGGCGCACCUGCCUUGGCUGUGCAGAGAUAAUCAGGUUUGCCCCUGCGAUCAACCCCUUCCCUUCCACGACACCACUUGGCCUCAUGAGGCCUCCUAACGGAGUCUCUCAGAACUCUACACAGGAGAAUCCAAAUGUUGACCGAUGCCCCUAUUUGAACAGCAGCCCGCUUAGGUGCACUGGGAGUUCAAAGUCAUCAUACCAGCCAGUUGAGAAAUGCCUUAAAUAUUGAGAGAGGGGAGGAGAGAUUACCUUAGAGAUAACUAAGGCGAAUUUGAAAACCAGUAGUGAAGCUAUUUUAAAAUAUUUAUCAAUAUGAAAAUACUGAGAUUUGCUUCCAUUCUCCCAGUUGCUUCAAUAUAUUAAUUAUACAUGUUUAAAUUCAUGUUAGAAUUGUUUUUUUACUAAUAUGUCAUCCACAUUUAAUAUUUUAUAAAUCAAUCAGCAAAAUUUUUGUAAGACGCCAAAGCCUGGUAUACUGCCAGGUUUAUGGAUGCAUGUGUUGGAUGUUGAGGGGGAUAUCAGAAGGGAGAAACAUAAAAUGGGAAAAACUAGGCUUAGGAAGUAGAAAAUGGAUAUUUACAAGCACUAUUAAAAUAUUCAUGAUAAUGCAUAUUUCCUUCUUUACAACCUUAUAAACUUUACAACUCAGUUUUCAACAUUUAUUGAGAAUUUACUAUGUAGUACCAGAAGGAAGGCUCUAUGAGGGCAGGGAUAUAUAUAUAUAUAUAUGUAUAUUCAUAUAUAUAUGUAUAUUCAUAUAUAUAUUCAUAUAUAUAUGAAUUUAUAUGUGUGUGUGUGUAUAUAUAUAUAUGAAUUUAUAUAUUUAUGUAUAUAAAUAUAUAAAUGUUUUAAAUGAUGAAUCCAGUGCCUACAAUAGUGCCUGGCACAUAAUAGGCAUUCAGUAAGUAUUUGUUGAUUGAUUGAAUGAGUACAGGACACUGACUAGAUCCUGGAAAUAAGAGGUGUAAGAAAUGCUCCCUCAUCUCAAGAAGCUCACAAUCUAGUGGAAGACAGAAGCAUGAGAGAAUGAUUCUCAGAGGGGGUUCCCUGGACAAGCUGCUUUAGCAUCACCUGGGGACUUGUUAGAAAUGCAAAUUAUUGGGGUCCGCUGAGACCUAUUGAAUCAGAUACUGUGUGUGGGACCUAGCAAUCUCUGUUUUCACAGCUCUCCUAAUGACCUUGGAGUUUGAGAACCACCCUAUGAAUGUAACUAUAGAAAGCUUAUAAUAUAUAUAAUUAAAACUACUAGAAAUAAUAACAAACAACUCUGUAUUGCAAGGAAACUAGGAUGUGUUUUUAGCUAAGAAAAGGUAUGAGGUAUGGAGAUGUAUUUUUGUUAAGAGAAAAGAAAGUAAAUUUUGUCCUAAAGUAAAGCUGGUUAUUUCAGAAUGAAAAGAGAAAAAUAAAGAACAAACUAAGGACAUAGACAUUUAGGAAAAGAAAAAGAGAAAGGAAGGAAAAGAAGGAAGGGAGGGAGGGAGGGAGGAUGGAAGGAAGGAAGGGAGGGAGUUAGUUUUGUAGUCACAUUGGCUAAAAAUUGAAUUGUUAUAAAGGUUUUUAAAAAUGAUACACUUGCUUUUUUAAUAGUUUGCGUAUGUAAUUUUCUUUCAUUUGCAGAAAGGGCAAAGUUUUCUUGGACUAUUGGUCUGCUCUUAAUAAGAUAUUAUGAAUGUUUUGUUUUGUUUUGUUUUGUUUUACCUUUUGAGUAAUCUGCCUGAAAAGCAAAAAUGUUGUGUUUUACUAAAAUACUUUCCUGUGCUUCAUGUUGUCUUUAUCAGAUCUUUGAUUACUUAACUGAGUCUUAACGCUAAGAGCUGAAUUUUACUUAAAACAAUGUAAUCUCCUGUAUUUGCUUUUAAAAUCUUUCGUCACUUUGGUUAAAAAUAUAAUUAAGUAUUAUCUGUGAUCCUAUUUAGUCAAGUGUCGAAACCUUUUGAUAUUUUUUGCAAACUUUCCAAAAUCGAUUUUUAAACACAAUUUUUUGACCUGGAAAGUGAGUUGGAGUUUUCCAGGGGUCCCUGGAACAUCUCAAAAGAUUUGUUUUUUCUCUUUAUAAAAGGGAGGUGCUAAAUGAAUUGGUUUAUGUGAUAUUGCUAAAUUACAUGGGAAGUAUUGUUAAAUAAGAAAUAUCAAGCUUUCUUUACAUUGUAUCUGUAUAGGUAUCUGUUUUAAGUGUUGCAGAAAUUAUAUGAAAUUCCUAGAAAUCAGAUGUCCCAGGAUAAUGUUAUCACUGUAAUUCCAGUUAUUAUCUUAAAAUGUUGUAUUCCCAGAUAUAAUCAGAUUUUCUUGCCAAUUGCAUUGUAAUGAACUUUAUCAGAUCUUUAACCAUGGCCAUUUUUAAGUCCUUUCUCCUUUACAGACAGUUACUGUUUUAUUCUGAUGUUUUGUAAAAGUUUUCCUGUAAAAGUGCUUCAUCUUCAAGGAGGUUCAUGAAUGGACUCUAACAAAUAUUGUGGAAUACAAGUUUCUGAUAACUUUAAGGUCAUCCAACUGAACUGGGUAAGAAUUUCCAGAACUACCGAAAAACUGAAUUCACACAGAACAAACAUUAAUUACAUGGGGUUGAAUGAACAUUGGAGUGAGUGAACUGAGGAGGAUGAUCAUAAUUUUUUAUGACUUUUUGGUUUGAAACAUUGCUGUUUUUUUUUAAAUGUUUGGUUUUUCCAGAUUUAAGAAAAACCUUUUUCUCUUUUCUCUUAAUUUAUCUAUGAUUUAUAGCUAUUUGUUAAAUUAUUCCUUUAUAAGCAGAAUUGAAACAAUUGCUUUUUCUCCCUACCUCAUACCUCCAGAAUUUAACAACUGUUAGUGAGUAUUCUUAUUUUCAUGGCAAUACAGUUAUUUGAGUAAGCUCAAUAAGAAUCUGUUCUUAAAAUGAGCAUAAGUGGAAACAUUGGUUAUGUUACUGAGGCUUUGACUGGAAUGUCAUAUCUGAGAGAUCUACAUAGACUUAGAUAUGACCAGACAGCUUUAAGAAACUACGGUUGACUUUAGGGAGCCAAUAAACAAUAGAGCCCCUUGGAAAAGUUGGCCUGGUACCUUGCUUACAGGGUUCCCAGCAGCCUUACUAGGUGAAUGUGGAGGGUCACUUCCUGGCAGGCUCAGGAACCUCAGAAUAUUUGGGAGACCUUGAGAAGAGAGGAAUUAACCCAGAUUUGUAGGUAUUGCAGGUGAAGUGUGAUAGCAAGUCCUUGGCUUGGCUUCCUAGCCUCAAGAGGCUUUUAAGAGUUCAAUCUGAGAUUCCUUACCAAAAAUUGUAGCAAAGCAGAGUUAGAAGAGCCUAUAUGAUCAGUUACUAUUCUUGCUACACUUGUGUAAAUAGGCCAACUUUAUUGAAACUAGAUUUAAUUUGCAAACAAAUUAGUCUUUCUGUGAUUAUUUUUGGUAGAUGGAAAAAUUAUGUUUCAGCAAUACACCUUUAUAAAUAUCAGAUUCUAGGGGCGCCUGGGUGGCUCAGUUGGUUAAGUGUCCCACUCUUGAUUUCAGCUCAGGUCAUGAUCUCACAGUUUUGUGAAUUCAAGCCCUACAUCAGGCUCUGAGCUGGCAGUGCAGAACCUACUUAAGAGUCUCUCCCUUGCUCUCUGCCCCUCCCUCCCUCACUUUGUCUCUCUCAAAGUAAAUAAAUAAACUUAAAAAAGAAACCUUAUGAAUAUCAGAUUCUAGUGCUGUUAAUUAGCUUUGAGGUUUUGUUUUCCACCUGUUAAAGUUACUGGAUCCUGAGUUCUAGUUUCCUCCAAUAUUUGGCUAUAGCUCUGCAAAUAAACCUUUCCAAUUUUCUCUCAGUUUUGACUUGGAAUCACUAAGAACAAAACUAACCUUUCCCCCAAAGCCUUAUAAACUGAAUGCGAAUGACUUGAUAUAAACUUUCGGAGAAAUGGCCACAAUAACUCGUGUUUCAACAAUCAUGCCUGCUGCUCUAUGUGCCUCUCAGAAAGUUUACUUGAAUACCUGGUGAUGUCAGAGACAUUCAAACUGCAAAAGAUGCUUUGAUUCUGACAUCUAGAAAUUUUCUUGACUGGCUGCCCCUGGGCUUAGAAGCUGGUUUAUAAUUUGUUGUAAUCAUUAACCUUUGUUUUUCUUUUGUUUCCAUAGAAAUGCCUUAAUAAAUAGUUGAUUUCUCACACAUUAUAGACCCAAUUGUGGGAGCCCAGUUAUAUCACAACCUCCUAAUAUUAGAUACAACCAUUUAACUGAACUGAGCUGUUGUUUUUUUUUUUUUUUUUCAACGUUUUUUAUUUAUUUUUGGGACAGAGAGAGACAGAGCAUGAACGGGGAGGGGCAAAGAGAGAGGGAGGCACAGAAUCGGAAACAGGCUCCAGGCUCCGAGCCAUCAGCCCAGAGCCUGACGCGGGGCUCGAACUCACGGACUGCGAGAUCGUGACCUGGCUGAAGUCGGACGCUUAACCGACUACGCCACCCAGGCGCCCCUGAACUGAGCUGUUUUUAAGACUAAGAGAUUAAUUCCAUGAAACAGUAAAAUAAUCUACCAACUCAGCUUCUGGAUUAUGAAGCUUUUUGCAGUUUCAAAGGUGGGAUUGAAGGGAAGCAAAGUAUGCCACUCUAAAAAAUAUGCCACUUUGGCAUAUGGAUUAUGUUGAAUUAAAAUUAUUUAAGAAAUAGCCAUUGUAAGAAGGACACUCCUUUGUCCCCCUGGAAGCAGGAAAUAAACUCCUGUGUGAAGGGCACCCUCUCGGCACCUGGCGGGUGAAAGCAUUCUCAUCACUGGAGACGGGAUUCAGGAUUGAGAAGCCUGUAAAAACAGCUUCAUUACUUCUUCAUUAAUUUGCUACCCCAAGCCCAAAUUCCUUCAUCAAUUCUUCACAAAUACUUGUUUCUGGGUUUUUUAAAAGGUAUAAAGGCUGCCUUCCUGGUCACUUCUUUUGAGUCUCAUAUUUGUAUGGCUUGUGUAUAUAUGGAAUUAAAUUUGUUUUUUUCUCCUGAUAAGUUAUCUUAUAUCAAUUUAAUUUUUAGGCCAGCCAAAGAAUCUAGAAGGGAAGAAGGGAAAAUUUUCCUUUCCUUACACAUCUUUUUUACAUUUGCUUUCAAGGGCACAUGCUGGUUUUUUGUUGGUUUUUUUUUUUAAUGUUUAUUUAUUUUUGAGAGACAGAGACAGAGCACGAGCAGGGGAGGGACAGAGAGAGGGAAACGCAGAAUCCGAAGCAGGCUCCAGGCUCUGAGCUGUCAGCACAGAGCCUGACUCGGGGCUCAAACCCACAAACUGUGAGAUCAUGACCUGAGCAAAGCCGGCUGCUUAACCAGCUGAGCCACCCACGCGCCCCACAUACUGGGUUCCUGGAAGAACAUUCAUGCUUACUGCCAGACCAGCACUGUUUCAGAGGCCGACCAGAGAGCCUCUCAGGACCAUUACCAAGUCAGCUCUGAUUAUGCCCACUUCUAAGAGAGACUUACAGCCAAUCCAUUUAAUUUACUCUGUUACCCUUUGUCAAAUUUCUUCAUUCUCCUUAACCUGUGAUACCUUUCCUAUUGGGAAAAGAUAACUAGCUGCUCUAACCUGGGUGACUCUGUUCUGGUUAGUAGAGGAGGCUUUUUGGUCCAGAACCUUUGUGGGUUUUCUAACUUCUCUGUAGUUGAGCAGAUUGGUCUUCCAGUUAUGCUGUGGCUCAUUGUGCUGACACAGUGAAGGAAGUGUGCUAACGGGUUAUGGAUGGCUACCUCAGUCACCCCAAGAAGGGACUGAGUUACAGCUCAGGCCAAGUUUAUAACCUACUGAGUGUGGAACUAGGGAUCUGUUAUUUCAGGCCAACAUGUAGAUGUAAUGCUACCAUUUACUCAACUCCUGAGCACCUACAUGCUAAACGCUCUCCAUCCCAAAUGGAGACAGUGUAAUUUGCUUUGGACACUUUUUUAAAAUAGAAGAAAUUAAAUUUUAGCUGUCAAAAAUAAUAAAAUUAUAUUUUGAGAAGUUAAGAAAUUUGUCCAGUAGCAGACUGAAUGCAUAAUGUUUAUUUUCCAGAGUUGAUCAUAUAUCUUUACCUCCAAGCACAAGUUUAAAGCUGUGAGUUUUUCAGAAUCCUAACUAAAUGAUGUACCAAAAAACCUUUUAUUGAGAUUUUAGAGCAGUUUACUAGCUUUGCUAGAUUUUUGUCUUUAGUUUUUAUCACACCAGAAAAUCAGUGUAGAAAAUCAGGUUCCCUAAACCUUGGCACGAUUGGCAUUUUGAGCCAGAUGACUCUGCUGUGAGGGUUGUCCUCUGCAUUGUGGAACAUUUAGCUGCAUCCCUUGUCUCCACCCACUAGAUGUCAGUAGCAACUCCUCAUCCAGAAGACAGCCAAAAAUGUUCCUUAGGGGGCAAAGUCACCCCCAGCUGAAAGCCACUGACAUAAACCAUCAAGUGAGUGUAAGUGUAUUUUACGAUACAUGCCUUACUGUAUUGGAUGUAAGGCCAUUUCAUAUAGUAUAAUGAUACCUAAGGCCUUUUCUAUGGCUAGGUCCCCAGAUUUGAAGAUGACAAAUCGAACUGAUUCAUUUUCAGAUCUUUUAAAGAACUUAGGUUUAGGGUGGGUAAGUCAAAAGCAGUUUGAAAUCUCACAUCUCUGAUUUUAAUUUAGGUGGGGGGGGGAGGUGAUAACCUGUAGCUUUGCUUGGUUCUGUUUGUUCGUUUUUCAGAUUACUGAUACAUGUGAAUCAGCCAGACCAUUUUGUAAAUACCCUCAACCUGCAAUAAUUUUUUCCACCUGUUUCCAAAAGGUAAUGGAAAAUCUAGAGUUAACACCUAGCUGGGCUAUACAUCAAUCAAUCAAAAGUUAACUUGGGUGAGGUUUGGUCAUAGCUGGAUGUCAUACAGAGACAGCCUGAUUUCCUUCUCUUAAGAGCAUAGAAUUGAGUCUAUUAUAUUUGCCUCCCAGCACAGAAAAGUGACAUACCUGUUCCAUGGCCUGAGUCAUCAUACAUGCUAUGAUUCAUUUUGCAAGGAUAGAGCACACUGUUGGGUCUGAUCAAAUUUUCUCUUAUCGGUUGACCAGGUAGGCCUAUCUUUUCUUGUAUCAGCAUUUGUCAUGUAUCUUAAAGUUACUGAUUUUUUUAUUCCUUUUUUUUUUUUUUUUUUU